UCCAAAGAUCCCCCAACUGGUAGAAAAAGUAUGUCACAAAGUGGCAUUUCCUCCGUCAAGUGAGCAAAGUAAGCACAUUCCCGUUGGUAAAAAAAAAUGAUCCUAUCACGAGCAAAACCGGCUUCCGGCGGCGACUCCAGCAGCCACGCGCGAAAAUCCGUGACCAACCGGGGCCGGGAGGUCCCGUCGCUCGAGGAGUUCCUGGGCCGGCGCGACUACACGGGCGCCCUGACCCUCCUCGAGUUCAGUGCCGAAGACAACGGCUCGACCGCUCCCCCGGUGUCGCUGCCAGCAGCCAGCUGGGACGAAGUCCAGACCUGGAUCGCCUACUGCGCCUUUCACCUCGGCGACUACCGCAAGGCCGCCGACGUUUACGAGAAGCUGAACAAGCUCGAGGUCGCGGCCUACCUCGCCUGCUGCUACUUCUACCUCGGCAUGUACCCCGAGGCCCGGAACACCCUGGCCCAGGCACCCGACAGUGCCCUCAAGACCCGGCUGUUGCUGCAUCUCGCCUUCAAACUCGAGGAUAAGAUGCAGUUGCAAGAGUACGAGGACAAGCUUCAGGAGAGCGUCGAGGACCAAUUGUGCCUGGCGUCGGUGCACUACCUUCGGGCGCACUAUCAAGAAGCCAUAGACAUUUACAAAAAGGUCCUGCUGGAGAACAGAGACUACCUCGCUCUUAACGUGUACGUGGCUCUGUGCUACUACAAGCAGGACUACUACGAGGUGGCCCAAGAGGUCCUCGAGGUCUACCUGCAAAAGUACCCGGACAGCGCCACGGCCAUCAAUCUGAAGGCCUGCAACCACUUUCGCAACAACAAGAGCACCACGAAAAUGAUCGAGAUGAAGCAGCUGAUCAACAAAGUCUCGAACACCAGCACCUUCGGCAACGACCUCAUUCAGCACAACACGGUCGUUUUCAGAAACGGCGAGGGUGCCCUGCAAAUACUGCCGAGCCUGGUGGACGUGAUACCAGAGGCCAGACUGAACCUCGUGAUAUACUACCUACGCCAGAACGAGACUCAGGAGGCCUACGAGCUCAUCAAGAACCUGGAGCCCAGCGUGCCCCAGGAGUACGUGCUCAAAGGCAUCGUAUACGCGGUCGUCGGCCAGGAGCGGAAUUCGCAAGAGUUCAUCAAAAUAGCCCAGCAGUACUUCCAGCUGGUGGGCACCUCGGCCUCGGAGUGCGACACCGUUCCCGGCCGGCAGUGCAUGGCUUCCUUCUACUUCUUGUACCGGCAGUUCAAGGACGUGCUGGUCUACCUCAACUCGAUCAAAACAUUCUUUUCUAACGUCGACAGCUUCAAUUUCAAUUACGCCCAGGCGCACUUGGCCACGGGACACUACAAGGAGGCCGAGGAGGCGUUUCUGGCGAUUAGGAACGAGCGCUACCGCAACGAUUUCACGUACAUGAGCCUCCUGUCGUACUGCUACAUUAUGAACAAGAAGGGCCAGCUGUCGUGGGAGCUCUACUUGAAAAUGGAGCCAUCGACGGAGUCGUUCAAUCUUUUGCAGUUGAUAGCCAACACUUGUUACACGGUGGGAGAUUUUUGGUACGCGGCUAAGGCCUUCGAUAUGCUGGAGCGACUGGACCCGUCGCCCGAGCACUGGGAAGGAAAGCGCGGCGCGUGCUGCGGCACUUUCCAGUACAUCGUGGCUGAGAAGUUGCCAAAAGAACUUUUGCCAGAGAUAGUCAAGAUUCUCAAAAAUACAAACGUUUCUCAAGCCCCGCAGAUCAUUCGAGUGAUGCGCAAGUGGGGAAAGGACAAUCGAGUUUCUUGUUAAUGUGGUAUUCGUUUAUUGGAAUGUUGGU